AUGGCGAUCCCCUCCGAAUCAGUCGACCCAUCACUAAAAGCCCACACAGAGCUAGUAAACUGGUUCACCCAACAUGGCGGCAAAGUAGACAAAAGCGUGCGCAUAGCCACAGACGCCUCGCGCGGCGUCCACCUACAAGUGAAAAAGGACUGGCCAGCGCCAAUUUCAAAGGAAACACGAGUAAUCAACACUCCGAUCAAUGUGUCGAUGUCCUGGUUCAAUGCAAUGAACUACAGUUCUCAGCGAGGCUCGUUCCCCAAUCAUGGUGUUGAGUUCUCGCGUUCUUGGAUGGAGAGUGUUGGCCCCGAGGAGACUUCUGCGUUCUUUCUUAUGGGCCAGUAUUUGAGAGGCGAGGAGGGGUUUUGGUACCCAUACCUUUGUACGUUGCCUCAGCCUGGGCAGUUGAGUACGCCGCUUUUCUUUGAUGGGGAGGAUGUCGAUUGGGUUGUUGGCACUGGUGUUCCUGAGGCUGCUACUGAGAGGAUUCGGAUUUGGGUUGAGAAGUAUGAUCGGGCCAUUGAGGAGCUUGAGGACAUUGGGUUUGAGGGUGUUGAGUUGUUUACUUGGGAAUUGUAUCUCUGGGCUUCGACUAUUAUUACCUCCAGAGCUUUCUCGGCGAAGGUUUUGUCUGGGGCUGUUCAGCCUGAUGAUCUCCCCGAUGAUGGUGUCUCGGUCUUGCUUCCGCUUAUUGAUUUACCUAACCAUCGGCCGAUGGCUAAGGUUGAAUGGCGGGCAGGUGAUGCAGAUAUUGGACUUCUUGUGCUUGAGGAUGUUGCACCAGGCGAGGAAAUUUCCAAUAACUAUGGUCCCCGCAAUAAUGAACAAUUGUUGAUCAACUAUGGGUUCUGUCUCACAAAUAACCCAACCGACUACCGCAUUGUCCAACUGGGCGUGAAGCCCGACAGCCCACUCAGCAAGGCCAAGGCCCAGCAAAUUGAGAUGUUCCCAGAAUUGGCCAAAGUCACGGAAAACCACUAUUACAUCUUCAAUCCAAACUACCCUCUCCUGGGCCCGGACACAGCCAUGGAACACUCUAUAUUCUCACCGGCAUUGUUCAAUGCCCUGACAAUCAUGGAAUCCAAUCCACGCGAACGCAAGAUGCUCGAAAUCACAGAGGCCUCUAUUCGCAUCACUCCAGCCUACGGAAACGGCCAUUGUAUCUACGCGGCACUGGCCCAGAUGAGCUUCGAGCUGAUGGCCCACGCAAUCAAUCUAAAGGCCAGCGCAGAGGAUCUCCCCUCGCAACCAAAGACACUGAACCAGACCCAUGCAAAGGUCUACCGAGACAGUCUCAUCACGAUAGACGAAUCUGCCUUGAUCAUAGCACUAUGGACCAUCUCCCGUGGUCGUGCUCACGAACGCGGCUCGAGCUGGGAAGAUACCAAGGCUUUGAUAGCUGAGCAUGACGCUCGCAUCCCAGCAGGUCUUCUCCCAGACGAUGUCAUUUCACGGAUCCGCGUACGCAUCCUCGAGCGUCCAUCUAUUAUCACUAAGAAUGGAGAGUUGUUCCGAUUAGUUGAGAUGUUCAACCUCCUCCCAGCAGAGAUGCAAAGUCCAGCUCAGUCAUGCUUCAACCGCAUUUUGCAAACCACAGGCCCUGAAGUUCCGACUAUGCCAGUGGACCCGACAAAUCUAUUCGCCACGUUGAUUUGCUUGUUUGUUGCAACUUACAAUUCGCCCGAAGCACGAUCGAAAUUACCAUCGCGUGUUACUCGGUGGUUGGCGUUCUUGCUUGAGAAUUAUCCUUUGGCUAUGGAUACAGUUAACGACGUUCACCCUGAUCUUGAAAAGUCCAGGGAUACGCUUCGCUUGUUCCAGGAGUAUAUCAGUGCGGCACAGCCAGGCCAGUGCGCAUAUAUGGAUGGUGUCGAUUGGCUUUCUGAGAACAGCGGGUGGCUGAGCCCGGAGUGGAUACAGUGGUCUUGGACAGUAGCAAGCUCGGAAAUGGUCAUGCUUCCGCUUGAGCCAUUGCAGAUUCUGAAGAUGGAUGGGCCUCUGCCGAAUCGCGAGCCACUGACUCAGCAUAAAUCACGUGUGGGGCUACUGACCAAUAAAAUCCCGCGUAAAGGCGGAUCAUUCAGCAAGCGCAGGAAUUGCCGUGAGCUCCACGACUCCCUUCCCUCUCCCUCCACGACCCUUGACCCUCACCACGAAUUGUCAAUUCCCGCCGUCAUCAUGAUAUCUCGAGCGGCGGCUCCCUCCACCUCCUCCCUUUCCCACCUCUCGACCCGCUCCCUCCGCGCCCAGGGAGCGGCCGCCCGCUCCUUCGCAACCGUAUCGGAAGCACCCCCCGUGAAGCACUAUGGCGGACUCCAGGAUCAAGAUCGGAUCUUCACCAACUUGUACGGACACCAUGGAGCGGAUCUGAAGUCAGCAAUGAAGUAUGGUGACUGGUACCGCACCAAGGAUAUGGUUCUGAAGGGUGAUGAUUGGCUCAUCUCCGAGAUCAAGGCAUCUGGCCUCCGUGGCCGUGGUGGUGCUGGUUUCCCCUCAGGAUUGAAAUACUCUUUCAUGAACUUCAAGGAUUGGGACAAGGACCCCCGCCCCCGUUACCUGGUCGUCAACGCUGAUGAGGGUGAGCCUGGUACCUGCAAGGACCGAGAGAUCAUGCGCAAGGACCCCCAGAAGCUGAUCGAGGGUUGCUUGGUUGUGGGACGUGCCAUGAACGCCAACGCCGCCUACAUUUACAUUCGUGGUGAGUUCUACCACGAGGCCGCUGUCCUUCAGCGGGCUAUCAACGAGGCCUACGAGGCUGGCCUGAUCGGCAAGAACGCGUGCGGUACCGGUUACGACUUUGACGUCUAUAUUCACCGCGGGAUGGGCGCUUACAUCUGUGGUGAGGAGACCUCCCUCAUUGAGUCCAUCGAAGGCAAGGCUGGCAAGCCCCGUCUCAAGCCUCCAUUCCCCGCUGCGGUCGGUCUGUUCGGUUGCCCCAGCACAGUCACCAACGUCGAGACCGUCGCCGUCACCCCCACAAUCAUGCGCCGUGGUGCCAACUGGUUCUCUUCCUUCGGUCGUGAGCGUAACGCCGGUACCAAGCUGUUCUGUAUCUCCGGUCACGUCAACAACCCCGUCACAGUUGAGGAGGAGAUGUCCAUCUCCCUGCGCGAACUGAUCGAGAAGCACUGUGGAGGUGUCCGCGGUGGCUGGGACAACCUGCUCGCCGUCAUCCCCGGUGGUUCUUCCACCCCGGUGAUCCCCAAGUCCGUCGCCGACAACCAGCUCAUGGAUUUCGACGCCCUCAAGGACUCCCAGACCGGUCUCGGCACAGCUGCCGUUAUCGUCAUGGACAAGUCCACAGAUAUCGUCCGCUCCAUCUCCCGUCUGUCAUCCUUCUACAAGCACGAGUCCUGUGGUCAGUGCACUCCCUGCCGUGAGGGCAGCAAGUGGACCAUGCAGAUGAUGCAGCGUAUGGAGACCGGUAACGCCCGCGAGCGUGAGAUCGACAUGCUCCAGGAGCUCACCAAGCAGGUCGAGGGUCACACCAUCUGCGCUCUGGGUGAGGCCUUCGCCUGGCCCAUCCAGGGUCUGAUCCGCCACUUCCGUCCCGAGCUGGAGGCCCGCAUCCGUGACUACCAGAAGGAGCUCGGCGCUGCCCCCUACGCCGGUGGCUGGCACCCCAACAGCCGUGCGGAGGGCAAGCUGAUCUCCCCUGGCAUGUAA